AGGAGCAGCAUGGCCCACACCAGGCACAGGCUCCACAUGCAAAGGACAGCCAGCCUGCCUUGGCUGCUGGGCAGCUCUGUGGAAAGGCAGCUCCAGCAGCAGGAGGGCCGGAGGCCUCGUGCGGCCUUGCGGUGCAGACGGAUGCCCAGUCGCAGGCAGGUGGCGCCAGGGACCUUGGAUGUGGAAGCUGAUGAUGAGGAGUUGGAGAGAAAGGAAGAGGAGUGGGAAGAGGCCAUAGACAAAGAGCUGUCCGAAGUGGAAGAGCUCACCGUACACAACCUCUGGGUCAACCCUUAUGUCCCAGAGCUCUUCCAGGACCCCCAGGCAGAUAUCCAGGAGUGGUCUGGCUUCCCCAGCAGCAUGGGCAUGGAUGUGACAGGAGAGGCAGCUGGGGGCUUGCAGAGAACGUCUCCUGUGCCAGCCGUUCCCAUGGACACCAAACUGGCAGCUUCUACACUGGGUGUAGCUGCAGAGGAAGAGGAGCACUGCCCACCUCUCACUCCUGUGUCACAAGAGGAGGAGGCAGCACCGGCACCAGCGUCUCCUGUCUGUGGCGAGGAGGAGGCAGCACCACAGGACCCCCAGGCCGAUACCCAGGAGGGGACUGGCUUCCCCAGCAGCAAGGGCAAGGAUGUGACAGGAGAGGCAGCUGGGGACUUGCAGCGAGCGUCACCUGUCCCAGCCGUUCCCACGGACACCAAACUGGCAGCUUCUACACUGGGUGAAGCUGCAGAGGAAGAGGAGCACUGCCCACCUCUCACUCCUGUGUCACAAGAGGAGGAGGCGGCACUGACACCAGCUUCCCUUGGUGCUGAUGAGCAGGAGGCAGCACCACAGGCACAGAGCCAGGCACUUGGCCUGCUCAGUCCAAAUGCACAGGAGGGGGUUCCACAGGAAGCAGCCGUGCUCAUCACAAGGGAGCCUCCGGUCCAGGGUGUGGAUCAGGAAACCAGCCAACAGCUGAGCCUCAGGGAGAAGCCAGCGCAGCUGUUGCCUCCCCAACAGCGCCUGAGGAUGAAGUGGCCCCUCCCUUGA